CCGAUAUUCAUCACAAUCUUUUGAAAAUCAAUUUGCAAACAUGGCUUCCACCACAAUGUCUUCCGCUCGUAUCGCCGGCGCUCGUCCCGCUGCACUCAACAAGCCUUUCUCGGCAUCCCGCCCAGCGCGUGCUGUCCGUGUCGUUGCUGCUGCUCAGCAGGAGAAUCAGGGACCAAAGGAUGUCGUGUUGAAGACAUUCGGGGCCCUCGCCGCAGUGCAGCUGGCCCUGCUCCCGGUCGCAGGAAACGCGAUUGCUGACAUCAUUCCGAACAAGGCCGAGCGCGCCGAGAUCAACGAGAGGACCUCAAACCUGCCGACCUUUAGCGAUGUCGGCGAGUCCCUGAAGAACAAGCUUGGCCAGAACGACCCCAAGGACAUCGGCAGGGCGAUCGACCGCAACACCCCAGAUGUGGACUUGACAAAGAACCCCAAGGACAUUGGCAAUGACAUCAAGCGCGGCAUUCAGAAGAACACCCCCAACCUGCCAGACCUGAGCGAGUUGCCCAACCUCACCAAGCAGCCCAACUUCUUCAAGGGCGAGGGCGAGGUCAACGCCACCAACGAAGUCAAAAACAAGGUGAAGGAUGCUGGCAGUGACAUUGGCAAGGGGCUGCCCAACCUGCCCAACCUCUCAGGCAAUCCUGCCGAGAAGGCUGCUAACAAGCUUGAGGGCGCUGCCAACAAGAUUGGCAACAAGGCCAAGAAUGUGGCGUCUGACAUCUCCGACCUUCCCAACCUGACCAAGCAGCCCAACUUCUUCAAGGGCGAGGGGGAGGUCAACGCCACCAACGAGGUCAAGAACAAGGUGAAGGAUGCUGGCAGUGACAUCGGCAAGGGGCUGCCCAACCUGCCCAACCUGCCCAAUCUUUCAGGCAAUCCUGCGGAGAAGGCUGCUAACAAGCUUGAGGGCGCUGCCAACAAGAUUGGCAACAAGGCCAAGAAUGUGGCGUCUGACAUCUCCGACCUUCCCAACCUGACCAAGCAGCCCAACUUCUUCAAGGGCGAGGGGGAGGUCAACGCCACCAACGAGGUCAAGAACAAGGUGAAGGAUGCCGGCAGUGACAUCAGCAAAGGCCUGCCCAGCCUGCCCAACCUGCCCAACUUUUCUGGCAACCCUGUCGAGAAGGCUGCUGACAAGGUGAUCACUCACCUCGUGCCUGCUCAGCAUGCCUCAGACGUGGCGAAGAAGGCCAAGAAUGUGGCGUCAGACGUGUCCGACCUGCCAAACCCCUUCAAGGGAAAGGCUGACCCUCAGGCCCUUGCCAACGACGCCAAGAACAAGGCCAGCAGCCUGAAGAACGAGGUGGGCAAGAACAUCCCAAAUGUUGGUGACGCGAAGCGUGCUGUUGACAAGAACACCCCAAACCUGCCCAAGUUGGGCGGCGGGCUGCCCGGAACCAACCAGGGCAAGGGAGGACUCAACAUCCCCCGUAACUCUUGAAUCAGCGGUUUUGCAGAUUGACUAUGAAUCCUGGUGAUCUGGAUUCUUUUGAAGGUAGACUGAGCUCAGCAUGCUCCUGUGCUCAGAAGUGCCUCUGGAUGGCAGGUGCUCUGUGUGUGAAAGUUUGAAGAAGGCUGGUCAGUCAGGUUAGUGAGUGUGAAGAGAGAGAGAAUUUUUUAGGAUCUAUCUUGCAGCUGUCACGGCUCAGCCGUGACGGCUGCAAUGUGGAUUGUAUUUGGGAGCAUGCAUGGAUUAUCCUGCGGCUGUGAUCCAUUUUGUGUACAUUUCCGAAAUUCGAAAAAAGAAAACAGUGUCUGCGGAUCCGAUAUCAACUUAUGGUUGUAAAGAAACAUGCGCG